UAGAUCCCGCUUACCCCCAAACCACGACUGUAAUACUUGAUUGAAGUCCUUCCAUUCUACAACCAAUCAUGCAGACAUAUGAGGACAAUGAGCCCAUUGUUCGAAUACGCGAUUACAAGCAGGACCGAGUGAAUUUUAUGCUUGAGAAUGUCGACCUCGCAUUCGCAAAUUCUUUUCGACGUGUAGUACAGGCGGACAUACCAACCAUUGCCGUCGACAUGGUCGAGAUAGAAGCAAAUACAACUGUGCUACCCGAUGAAUUCAUAGCACAUCGCAUUGGAAUGGUCCCGUUGGUGAGCGCAAAUUGCGAUGAAGGCAUAAGAUACACUCGAGUACGUUACGCGCUUUCACCCCUAGUCUACCUCACGAUGCUUGUACAGGACUGCCUGUGUCUGUCUGGUUGUCAGUAUUGCUCAAUAGAGCUAAGACUGGACGUCUCGUGUAAUGAUAAUCGCACAAUGGACGUCACUAGCAAUCAUCUUGAGGUCAUACCGCCCAGCUAUACUGAUGGAGAAAAUCCUGGCGACGAGCUCACGAAAAGGGGAGACGAUUUCGGGCAGCCGGUUGGGAAAAACAAGGCUGAUGUACCACCAGUCCUCAUUUGCAAGAUACGGAAGGGUCAAGAGCUCAAAUUACGAUGUGUUGCCAAAAAGGGUAUAGCAAAGGAGCACGCGAAGUGGUCACCGUGCUCAGCAGUUGCGUUCGAAUAUGAUCCCUACAAUAAAUUGCGGCAUACGACAUAUUGGCAUGAGGCAGAUCCACGGGCGGAGUGGCCCGUUGGUGAAAACGCGAAGGAAGAAGAAGCGCCAAGAGAUGACGAAGUUUUUGACUUCAAUGCCAAGCCAAGAAGAUUCUAUUUCGAUGUUGAGACGGACGGGAGCCUUGGGCCCCAGGAAGUGAUUAUGAAGGGUCUUGCAGAGUUGCAGACAAAACUUGCAAAUUUGAUACUUGGUUUGAAGGAAGGAGCGGAGUUACCAACUGGCGGAGAUACGGCAGAGGCUGGGGUGAAUGGUCAUGUAUCCACUUCUGGUGGUUGGGCGCCCCAACCAGGUGGUGGCGGUUGGGGUCAGAGUGCCGUCUCAGGUGCUGGAUAUGCAAGUCCCGCUGGUGGCGGCUGGACCACUAGUGGCGGUAGCGGUGGUGGUUGGAGCACUAGUCCAGCACAAAACACUGGGGGAAAUACCAGUGCAUGGGCAACAAGUCCUGCGCAAAACGCAGGAGGAGCUCCGAUUGCGGCUUGGGGGACGAGUCCAGCUCAGACGUGGGGAGCUUCAAGUCCGAAUGCAGCAUCCGGGAGCGGUUGGGGGACAUCUACUCAACAGGGCUGGAGCAGUCCUACUCAACAAGCCAGUGGAUGGAACCUAUGAUGGAUAUUUACUUUACAUAUACUUUUCUCUAUCAAUCGCACCCAUUUGAUUGAUAUCUGUGGAUGGCCCCAAGACCACGUUAAUAGCCAUAUUUGCCCGUCAUUCGAACUGCGCAAACAAGU